GUUGAUAGUUCCUAACAUCAAAUUUAAAUGUUGGUCUUUUAACAAAAAGGUAAAAGAUAAUCCUAAUUCUAAAUAGAUUUUCUCUCUGAAUUAAUUGUACGGUAACACAAUUUAACAAAAGUAAUUGAGCUGUGUCCAUUGCACAUAUCCUUUACCUUCAAAAUCUUAUGUUCAUAAGACCCUGAACUUUGAGCUUUACAAAAAAGAAAAAAAACAACAUUUUAUUUACCAGCUCUCAGUACAGGACUGCGUUCCAGUUUAACAAGGAAACAAAAUGACAAAUCCUAUGCAGACAACAUGCAUUUUUUUCUCAAUAUUCCUCAUUCAUCAAGCAGACCAAACAGUCUUCUUAUCUGCUGAAAAUGCUAACAAAAUAAUACAGAGAUCCAGGAGAGCCAACUUCAUGAUAGAGGAAUUGUGGCAAGGCAAUUUAGAAAAAGAAUGCUAUGAAGAAAUAUGUUCAUACGAAGAAGCAAGAGAAACAUUUGAAGACAAAGAGAAAACUGGUCAAUUUUGGAGCACAUAUUAUGAUGGAAGGCAGUGCUCCUCCAACCCAUGUAUGAACAACGCUGUGUGCGCAGACACUAUUCGCAGUUACACCUGCAGUUGUCCUGAAGGAUUCAAAGGGAACAAUUGUCAGUUUGCGAUGAAUGAAUGCCACCUUGACGCAGAAGAUGGAUGUCAGCAUUUCUGUGAGCCUAGAUACGGUCUAAACUUCUACACUUGCUCUUGUGCUACUGGCUACAGGCUUGGUGAAGAUGAGAAGUCAUGUCAUCCGAAAGAUACCUAUGCAUGUGGACAAAUGCUGAAUAGGAAAACACUGUCAAGUCUCCAUGACAACCAUAAAGAUACUUUCCCUUGGCAGGUGCUGCUCUUAAACUCAGAGGGAACACCGUACUGCAGUGGGGUCAUACUCUCUCCAUCUAUGGUACUAACAACUGCAAAAUGCAGCAACCAGCACAGCCCUUCUUUUAUCCUCCUAGGAAACGAUACGGACGACACACAGAAGAUCAAGGUGGCAAGUCAUCACGUGCACACAAAGUAUUCUGUAGACACCGGAGAAAACAACAUUGCAAUGCUUAAGCUCCAAAACAACAUCACGUUUCACAGACAUACUCUGCCCAUCUGCAUUCCCAAGAAAGACUUUGCGGAGAAUGUGCUGAUGCCACGUGUCCCUGGUACAGUCAGUGGCUGGCAGCUGCUCUCACAGGACGAUCGUCUGGGAUUGAUGCCUAUUCAGUUUUCCAUAACAGAGACUAAUAAAGGAACUUGUGAACUCUCUUUAAAUGUAACACAAACUAACCGAAUGUUCUGUGGACUAUCCACAACAAAUAUUGACUCUGUAUUGGCUGAUGGGAGUCAUCUUGCCACUGAACACAAUGGCACCUGGUUUUUGACUGGAAUCACGGGAUUAAUCAACACAGAAACAAGAAAUCCAAAUGUAUUUUUAUUUACUAAAAUAUCCAGAUAUCUAAUGUGGUUAGAUCAGGACACCACCUAAUAGAUCAUUGUGCAAUAAUAUUGUAAAUGCUAGUCAACUAUAAAUUAUCAUUGGCCAGCUUUAUUUACCAAAUGGUAUGCUUCAGUAUCAGCUACGUUCUUCACAGAAAAUUAUUCUAUAUCGUAAAGUGCAGACAUGCUAAGUAUUUGCAGUGAUUACCUCCAUACCUAAUCUUUUAUAAGUCUGGGUUGCUAAUAAAAUUAAAUGAAACCA